CACAAAUAAUGACUCUUAUAACUAACAAGUGUUGGAUAAAAAUUAUUUUCAGUUGUUCCAGAAACUCGUUUGGUUGGCAUCCCAACCACUGACAUAGAAGACCUGAAAGAUUCUAUAGCAAUUAGAUGCGUCGUGAGCGCGAAUCCUAAAGCUUCGGUUGUAUGGAGACGAGAAGGCCAAAAUCAACCGACGAGUCUGCAAGAGCUUUUGCAAUUCAGUCCGGCCAUCAGACAGCACUCUGGAUUAUACACCUGCCAUGCCAGGAAUAAAGCCGGCGAUUCCGUACCGAUACGAAUCCAGAUUGAUGUUAAAUAUCGUCCAAAAGUGCUUAGCGUUGGACGAGAACGCGUCAAAACCUCCACCCUGUUCGCACCGGUCAAUUUCGAAUGUUUAGGCGAAGGCAACCCACCGCCGAUCUACCAGUGGAUCCACACAAAAACGUCACAACAAUCGGAUGACGUCGUGGAGCGCGGCAGGGAGGCCAAGCUACACAUCAGAAACGUCACUUACGAGUAUCAGGGAGAAUGGAGGUGCAAGGUUACGAAUGUUAUUAAAGGAGAGGAACAGAGUGAUAUCAGUGAGCCCAUUAUACUUCAAGUACAUGGUGCUCCCCAAGUGUUGCGACAUACAACAAUGCCGGAAAUCUUCGUCGAAAGUGGACAAACCGUGGAUCUUAGCAUGGUCGUUUGCGCUGACCCUAGACCGAGAUCGGUCGCCUGGGAAUGGGGCUCGCUCAGACUGGAAGCCGGCAAUGAGAUGGGAAAAUUCAAAGUGGACGACUUAACUCAAGAAGACGGAGAAGACUGCUAUUUAACCACACUCCACGUCAAAGAUACUUCAGCGACAGACUCGAGGACAUAUUAUUUGCUCGUGGAAAACGACAAGGGCAAGGAUACGCAUGCCGUUCAAUUAUACGUGAAUGAGCCACUACAAAUGAUCACUCUAGUGAGCGUGGCCGGUGCCCUAUUAGUCGGUUGCCUAUUGCUGGUUUGCGUCUGCAUCUACGCAAUCAGAGCGGGAAAAUGUUGCUUUUCAACAAAAAUGUGUGAUUCUGAGGAUCUAGUAGUUAAAGAUUUGAUGCAAAUCAUACUAAUUAUUCAAAAACGUUUAAAGAACAAACAAAUGGAUGCAUUUUUUAGUAGACUUAAUAAGUUUGAGCAAUACUUUGCUUCCGUAGAACCGUUUAAGGUGAGAAAAUAG